AUGAGUUUCCCGAGUCCCCGGUGCCUCGUUGCAGCAUCGCCGUGGCUCAAUGCAGCGUCUUCGGUGGCUCUCGAGGGCAAGCUUGGUGCUGCAACGGCGUGGUGCUGCGCGCCGGAGCAGCGGAGCUACACCGCAACACUCCGGCGGGCUGGCGAGCGGAGCUCCAGUGCAACGGAGCAUGGUGAUGCGCGCAGGGCGGCGGAGCUGCGGUGCAACACUCAGGCGGGGCCGCGGAGCUGUAGUAGAACAGGGCAUGGUGAUGCACGCAGGGUGGCGAUCCGCGUGUCCUGUCGAUGCAAGGACAAGGGAAGAAGCCUUGCACUCACCGCGACCACCACGGCCGUCUUGACGCUCAACAGCUUCGAGAAGGGCAAGGACGACGGCGGUCCGUCAGAGUGUGACAACGCCUACCAUAGCGACAAGGAGAUGGUAGUCGCGCUCUCCACUGGCUGGUUCAAGAACAUGGCCCGUUGCGGGCACUGCAUCAAGAUCACCGCCAAUGGCAAGUCUGUGUAUACCAAGGUGGUGGACGAGUGUAACUUCAUCUAUGGCUGCGACGACGACCAUUCCCCAACACCACCGUGUGCCAACAACAUCGUCGAUGCCUCUCCUGCAGUGUGGAAUGCCUUGGGGCUCGACCAGAACGUUGGCAUGGAGGGCAUCACCUGGUCUGAUGAGUGA